GCAAUGGCUUUGCAACUAAGGUUGUCACAAAGCAAUUGUCAAAAUAUUACAAAACGUCUCCGUCGUUCUCAAAAAAAAGUUGAACAAUUGCAAGAACAAUUACAAGAAAAUUCUGAUUGUUUUGAUAAUUCUGACGAUGAUUCUGAUGCUGAUGAAAUUGAAUUUGAUGAAGAAUCACAAACGGCUACUAAUGAUUUUGUUCAAAAGCUGAUUCAAAAAGGAAAGUUGGGAUCAACCAUAUUUAUUAACACUACAGAAUAUCUUAGCUUAGUAGUUGCUCAACCAUACUCGACUUGUAAUAAUUGUAAGAUCGAUAAGUGGAAAUAUAAAAUCAAAACCAGUGAACUUUCAGUUAAAGUUAACACUAUAUGUAAGCAAUGUCAUACUGUUACUAUAUUUACAAAUGAAUCUACCGAAAUAAAUUUUUUGAGAGUUGUUGCAGGAGCUGGACUUUUAGGAGGUAUUAAUCGUGAAGAAUGGAGAAAUAUUGGUAAAAGGCAAUAUUUUGAAUAUCAAGAUAUUAUGCUUAAAGAUAUUGUGCAAGCGGUACAUCAAAGUGCAGAUGAGGCUUUAACAGCAGCAUUAAAUUUUAUAAAAAAACAGCCAGAAAAAAAGGAAGGAUAUAUUUUGGAAGGCAGUUUUGAUUGUGCAUGGAGCCAUGUACAUGAAGCUUCACAAGCAAGUGCUUCUAAUUCUAGAUGGAAAUCGUUAGAGCAACCAAUCAUUUCAUUUUAUAAUAAAUGCAUUUAUGAAGGUGUUAUUGCACAUCUUUUUGACAUUCAUAAUCAAUGUUGGCCAGAAGUAUCAUUUGAAUUGGUUUGUAAAGUAGCACAUUUGGCACCUUUUUCUGAACAAUAUUAUUUAAAUCUGUUACAAUUAUGCAAAGAUAAAGAGGAUAAAUGUGAAUAUAAUAUUGUAAAGAUUAAUCAAAGAAAUCAAGUACAUGCACAAAAAAUUUGCGAGCAAAAGAAAAAACUUGAAGGAUUUGACUUUGAUCAG